AAAUGUAAUCAUUGAAUUUGACAAUAAAAAUACAUACGUGUAGUCGGCGAUUUUGCAUAAAAUUUCUGCAAAGUGCCCGGAAACAAAGCUUUUAAUAACCGUAACGUAAAAAUGUCUAUGGAUAAACUACGUGUCGGUCAACCUGAAGGUGAACUAGCAACCAAUAACAAACGGGUAGCGCUUAUUACCGGAAUAACUGGUCAGGAUGGGUCUUAUUUGGCAGAGUUCCUCUUGAAAAAGGGCUACGAGGUUCAUGGUAUUAUUCGGAGAGCAAGCACCUUCAAUACAUCGCGUAUUGAACAUCUGUAUGCAGAUCCCCAUACGCACAAACAGGGUAAAAUGAAACUGCAUUAUGGCGACAUGACGGACAGUAGCUGUUUGGUAAAAAUAAUUUCUACUGUACGACCGGCUGAAAUCUACAAUCUAGCAGCACAAAGUCAUGUUAAGGUUUCUUUCGAUUUGAGCGAAUACACAGCAGAGGUGGAUGCGGUAGGAACCUUGCGGUUGUUGGAUGCUAUUCGAACCUGCGGUUUAGAGAAGUUGGUGCGCUUCUACCAGGCUAGCACUUCGGAACUAUAUGGCAAGGUUGUCGAAACACCGCAAAAUGAAAAGACACCUUUUUAUCCGCGUUCACCAUAUGCAUGCGCUAAAAUGUAUGGUUACUGGAUAGUGGUCAACUAUCGAGAAGCAUACGACAUGUUUGCGUGUAACGGAAUUCUUUUCAAUCAUGAGUCACCUCGACGAGGAGAGAAUUUUGUUACACGUAAAAUUACACGCUCGGUAGCUAAGAUAUUUCUGAACCAAUUAGAAUGCUUAGAGUUAGGCAAUUUGGAUUCGAAACGAGAUUGGGGACACGCUCAAGACUACGUUGAAGCGAUGUGGCUGAUGUUACAGCAGGAUCAUCCGCAAGAUUUUGUAAUUGCUACAGGAGAGUGUCACUCGGUGCGAGAAUUUGUUGAAGAAUCGUUUAGAUACAUUGGUCGUGAAAUUGAAUGGCGAGGGAAGGGUGUGGAAGAAAUUGGAGUAGAAAACGGAACUGAUAUUGUGCGCAUCAGAGUAAAUGCCAAGUAUUUUCGACCAACAGAGGUAGAUUUUUUGCUUGGUGACGCCAGCAAAGCAAAAGCGGAACUUGGCUGGACCCCCAAAUCAACGUUUUUUAAUUUAGUAGCUGAUAUGAUGAAGGCAGACAUCGAGCUAAUGAAACGCAACCCAAGUGCUUGAAUACUAACAAAAUUUAGUGCUAGAUAUUGCUGAUUUAAAAUCAAAUGCAUUUCAAUGAAAGUUACUACCUUUGAAAUGGAGUUACAUUCCUAGUUUGAAAUCGGGUGGCAAAACAACACCAGUUGUAGUUUAGGUUUACCUUAAUGAAGAUCAAAAUGAGUUGUAGCGUUCCUUAUGAAACUUAUAACGUAUUUUUGAAAAAGAACAAUUUAAUCUAACGCAUUUUAAGUAUUACUAAAAAGCUUUUAUUAACGUAUGAUUUAAUACCAGUGCAUAACACUUGUUAAUAACAUUAACGAUUUUUAACCAAAUAGCUAUGCAUUAUAUUUUAUUCCAGUAAAAGUUUAGACAACAGCUUUGUGUUGCGCUAGCUAAAUAAAAUAUUACUUAGCGAAAAGCAGUUUUUAGCAA